AUGGUUUCUGACGAGCACUUCGAGAUGUGCUUGCCUGUCCUGCAGGAUGCCACAUUGGAAGACGAGGACAAAACAGACAGGUUGGAGGAGCUCUUCCGCAAGGAGACCAAUCUCACCGGCACUUCUCUUGACAAUGCAAUAUUGGACGCCCUCUGGCGCUAUCGCGAUAGCGGAGGCUCAUCAGCAUCGCCGCCUCCCAUAAGACCGGCAAUACUGCGACGUCCCUCUCCUGCCUCCUGGCGUGGCUCACCAACACCCAUGUCAGGCUCUCCCAGACUCGCCGUGAGCCCCCUCGCUCCACCAGGAUUUGUUCCAUCAACCUUUGGCAGGACUAUAUCCUCGACAGUCUCACCAUUCUCCUCGCCCCGCGCUUCACCGCGUAUGGCUCUGGCAACACCUGUCAUUCCUCAUAGUCCAAACCUGAAUGCGUAUGAAUUUGCGAGUGAUCCAACCCCGGCCACCGAGAUCUUGGGAGAAUACCAGACCGAGAACGUUGAAUGGCUUGUUAGCGAUGAUGCUGCUAGUGUAACUUCGUCUGUCAGCACCCCAAGCGCCCUGAAUGCUGCUGCCCCGGAGUUCUCCUCCAUGACGGCGCAGUCAGCUGAUAUGUCUCCUUACGACAUGCUGCGUUCCAUCCUCGGACAAACCAAGACGGACGAUGAGAUCGAAGCUGCUCUGGCACAGAAUGGCUACGAUCUCAGCGCGACCAUUGUCUCAUUUAUGGAAAGUCAGACCGGAGAUAAUCAACCGGGUGGUGUUUCACUGGAGGAACCCAAAAAUGUCUUGAUUGGAAAGUCGGUCGACCGUCCUUCUACACCUCUUGGACAACAAAAGUCCGGGGUUAUCUGCAAGUUCUACAUGUCCACCGGGCAGUGCUUGCGUGCCGACUGUAGAUUCAGUCACGAUCUCAGUAACCACUUGUGCAAAUAUUGGGUAAUGGGCAAUUGCUUGGCUGGAGAGACAUGCAUCUUUUCGCACGACCCUACCAAACUUAUGAACAAGCUUGCGCUCGAUGGCGCCAGCACGCCACCAUCAAAACAAGGGGGCUUACAGCUAGGAGAUCUUAACUCGUUCCCCUCGCUCCGACCUGGCACCCCGGAUCAUUUGAGUGGUUUCGCUGGCAGCAACAGCUUUCCAGGCGUAGGAAUAACACCGCCACCGGGCUUGAAGCAUUUCCACGGAACUUCCAGUCCUCGCGCCCGAUCCCGUCCUGGCAGUCGGCAUCAGACCAGGGAGCCCGAUAUCUCGGCACCUGCUCUGGAUGACAAUGAUGCAUUUCCUUCGCUAGGUUCUGCUUCGAUGAAGCAGGGCAAGAAGCAUCACGGCAAGCGAGGCGGACAUGGUCACGGACAUAAGGAGAACAUGGCCCCCAAUUCACUAGCCGAUAUUGUGAAGAUGUCACCCUCCCCCACCCCUGUUCGUCCCGAACUUAAGAAAAUGGGACGUAACGGGAGCUCAACAGUUGCACGAAAUGGAGAGAACAGUCCUGCUGCUCAAGCAAUCCCUAGUCCCAAGCAUGUCCCGUGGUUGGAGACUGGCGAGCGUGCCAACAAGGCAUAUUUGAAGGCGCGCCAAGAAGCUCUCAAGCAUGGCGGCCUUCGCAACAAGUUUCUGCAAAGCGCUGCGCAGGCGUGGAAUCGCAAUGACGCCAGGGCUGCUAAGGCGCUCAGUCUGCGAGGACAAAGCGAGAACGAUCUUAUGCGCAAGGCUCAUCGCGAAGCCGCAAGGGAAUUGUACGAAGAGCGCAACAAGGACAACUCCCAAGGCCUUGAGCUAUACGUCGACCUUCAUGGACUUCAUCCUGAGGAGGCUGUCGAGUAUCUCGAAAAGAUUCUGAUGGAAAACAGCCGAGAAUCGCAGCCCAUUUAUGCCAUCACGGGUUCUGGACACCAUAGUAAGAACGGCAAGGACAAGGUUGGCAGAGCGGUCCGCAACUUUCUCAACGAGUGGAGGUAUGCGUACCGUGAGUUUUCAGUCCCUGGAGACCGUAACAACAUGGGAGGCAUUCUCGGAAUCGAUGCUCGCAGUUGGGACAAGUCCCUCGCAAAGGACGGAGAAGGCGAGGACGACAAGCAAGAGGUGGAUAUCCUGAGUCAGGGCGUCGAAAUCGGCGACGGCAAGGUCAGGCUCUUGGUGCGUGAUCCCCCCAAGGGUCCUAGCGGUCGUCGAUGA